GAUGAUGGUCUAAAACCCUGAGAGCUGACGAUCAGAACGGAGGGGGGGGGAGGUAGUCACGGAGGGGAGACAGCUAUAGGAGGUGGAGGAGAUGGAGGUGACAGCAAGGAGAGUACGCAACGACUAGGGGCGACUUCUGCGCCGACGCCGGGCGGUCGGGCGAGAGGAAAGCAGGGCAACGCUGCGGCGCUGCCGGCGGGCCCUGCCCGGGCAGGGGGUGCCAUGUCUCGAGAGCGGCCCCCCCGCACCGACAUUCCCCGCAACCUUAGCUUCAUAGCCGCACUAACAGAGCGUGCCUACUACCGCAGCCAGCGGCCCAGCCUCGAGGAGGAGCCGGAGGUGGAGCCAGGCGAGGGCGGGACGCGCCUUGGGUCCCGAUCCCGCGCUCACGCUCCGAGUCGGGGUCGCCGGGCCCUUUCUGCGCCCGCCGGAGGCGGCGGGGUCCGAGCGCCCCGCAGCCGCAGCCCCGACACCCGCAAAAGAGUGCGUUUCGCCGACGCGCUUGGGCUGGAGCUGGCCGCGGUGCGCCGCUUCCGCCCCGGAGAGCUGCCCCGGGUGCCCCGCCACGUGCAAGUCCAGCUGCAGAGGGACGCCCUCCGCCACUUCGCGCCGUGCCAGCCUCGUGCCCGCGGCCUCCAGGAGGCGCGCGCCGCCCUGGAGCCGGCCAGCGAGCCUGGCUUCGCCGCCCGCUUGCAGGCGCAGCGCAUCUGCCUGGAACGCGCCGAGGCGGGCCCGCUGGGCGUGGCCGGGAGCGCGCGCGUGCUGGACCUGGCCUACGAGAAGCGCGUGAGCGUGCGCUGGAGCGCCGACGGCUGGCGGAGCCAACGCGAGGCACCGGCCUCGUACGCCGGCCCGGCCCCGCCCCCGCCGCGCGCAGACCGCUUCGCCUUCCGCCUUCCGGCGCCACCCAUGGGGGGCGCCCUGCUUUUCGCCUUGCGCUACCGCGUGACUGGCCACGAGUUCUGGGACAACAACGGCGGCCGUGACUAUGCUCUACGUGGGCCCGAGCACCCCGGGAGUGGCGGAGCCCCGGAGCCCCAGGGCUGGAUCCACUUUAUCUGAGACGCCUGGGCCGACGGCGGGAAAGCCAAAGGCACCCAGGGGCUGCGGGAGCCCGAAGAUUUGGCGGGGAGGAAUGAGAGAAACCGAGAUCGGCUGGGAGCUGUCCAAGAGAGUCAAAAGGGGUGGAGAACCUACUGCCUUUUCUCCAAGACCAUGGUUGAUCCACCUUCCUCCCUCAGGCUCCUUCUUGACAGUCUUCUAGAAGGGAGAAGAGGGAAAAGAAGCAGUUCCUGAUGCAGAUGAACAGCUGCUCCCAGAACAGAGUAUGGAGUGUGUUACCAGGCCCCUCCUGUCUAAAGCCUUAGUCCUUUGAAGGAAGAUGGCCGAAAGAGAGGAACCCCGAGUCGCUCCUCAAAGAAAUGCCGGUUUAAACAUCAUCCUUACGUGAUGAAGAAAACAAAGGAUUUCAUGCAUCUUGUGGAUCACCUUCAGGUCAUAUUUCCAGCAGAGUGAAGAAAGAACCUCCUCAAAGCCACCAAGCAAAGCACUUUUUAGUCAUCAAUGAAGAGCCCAAGGGAGGAUGAUGGAGGGAGCCUGGGUGGAGGCUCAGUGUAUACUAAUCUCUUGCCUAAUGUGUAUGCGCUAUUGUCAUGUUGUAUUAACAAUCAUAAUAGCUCACAUUUACUUAUCCACUCAAAUCUGGUGUCUUGCAUGCAUUAUAAUUCUCAGAACAACCCUAUCAGUUGAGAAAUACUAUCCCUGUUUUAGAGAUGAGGAAACAGCUCAGAAAAGCAUAGUAAUUUGUUCAAGAUCACACCACUGGUAAAUGGCAUUGCUAGGAUUGUGAACUCAGGCUCUCCAGAGCUUCUGUAUAUAACCAUGUUACUAUAUUUUUUCCUUUAAAAACAAAACUGAAAAUUUUGCCAUAUAUAAUCUCUUAUUAAGAAAAGACCACAGUUUCUAACUGUUCUGCCUUCCCAUCCUCCCAGAUUAUUGAACUGGCUUAGGGAAGGCAAAGUGCUGAGGGUCCCACAAUCCCAUGCAGGAGCUUGCUGCUCUCUCCUGUACCAGUGUCCCAGGUCUGCAGAAGCAGCAAGGGACCACACUGCCUCCUGCUAGAGAACUUGGGAACCCAUUUGAACUCCAGCUUUUCCAUACAUUGGGAUUCUUUCCUGGCCUUAACCAACAUUCUACACCUGUUGGUGUGACACCUCUUUCUACUCCCCUGACUGGUCUUGAACUGACCAGUCCUUAAAGUUUCCACUAAAAGGUAUCCCUGACUAGGACAACUGCUGAAUGGUCUGUGCUUGGGCCCUCUCUGCGAGCCCUGGUAUUACUGAGUGGAUAAAUGUAAACUGGUUGGAGACGGAACCAAGGAUAAUCCAUUUUUCCCUGAGCUUUCUCUGUAAGAAGUACUAUGGCUCACCCACUCCCCACCCCCCAUCCUCAGCUUUAUAGAACCAACACCUGAAUCUUCUAGUUCUUCCCAUGUAGAGCUGCCCCAGGGCCUGGGGGUAAGCUGAUAGUCUAAUCUGAUAUGGGGAACACUAGGAGUUUGGUGGAAUCUUUAGAGAUGUGUUAGGUGUUAGGCAUUGGGAUGGGUCCUUUCCCCUGAAGGCUGAUGACUAUAUGAACAGGAGCAAUUUAGUGUAUAACAGGUCAGCUGUGGACUAGGCAGUGCUAGAAGAGAAAACAUUGCCUUGAUCAGGGGCUUGGGUCCUUGAAGCCACACAGCUGGAACACUUUUGCCCAGUCUUCCUACACUUAACCUGUCUGACAACCUUCCUCUCGUACCUUUGUUUCUCUUUAUGCACGUAGCUCAUUUCUCUUCACAAUAAGCCCUAACUCCUAAACUUUCCAGUCAAACUCCCACAUUCCCUUGCUUCUAACACCUGCGUUUCUCUGGAGCUCCUCUGGAUCCUUGCAAUCUGCAAGGUCAUAGAAUCAGAGACCUGGAAAAGCUUGUCUUUAGAGAUCACUGGGUCCAUUCUCCAGUACAAAUGAGGACACAGGUCCAGAGACGAGAAGACUUCAGCAGGGUCAGAGAAUUUGUUAGUACAGCUCGAGAUGGGGCUUAACCCCAGCCCUCCUGACCAUAUUCCACUCCCAGGCUACAAAACGGGCCUCUACAGUCAGACCCGCAGUUUUUCAUGGCAAGCAAUAAUAUCACAAAUGUUUCAUUUUCUGUUGCUAGCUUCUAUUCCCUUCCCUAUCCAGGCAUAAAAAGAAACAAAAGGCACUUGUAGUUUUCUGUUUUCCCAGCCUUGGCACUUCUUUGGGUGAUAUUGCUAAGGAACAGUGAAGUUGCUAAAAAGACUGAAUAAUCCACCUAUUGACAGUUAACCUGGAGAGGAAUUGAAAGUUUGCUUUGUGAAUCCCCCCAAACCACUGUUCUCAUCAGGCCCUCCCAGAGUGUCCUCACUCUCUUCACAGUGCAGCCCUGUUCACUGGGCCCCAGACCCACUAGUCCUCACUUCAGCUUCCUCAUGCAGCUGCCCUCCCUUCUGGAUAAAAGACCUCAUAUUUGAAAUAAAGUUGAAAUAUGAAAGUA